AUGCUGUUUCUCUUGCCAGCCUUCGUUCUAGCUCUUCCUCUCAGGGCCAUUGCUGCACCUACCAACACUACUGCUCCUCCCGGAUCUUUGACUGAAGAUGCAAAGCAGCUGACGGUCGGAUCAGUUACUCCCCUUAAUUCGGCGAAAGUUGAAAGUUCUAUCCCGUAUGGAUUGUUCGCAGCCGCUGCAUACUGUAGUCCGGAAUCACGGGUCAGUUGGCAGUGCAAGUCAUGUCAGGCCGACUCCAUUAAAGAUUUCCAGGUGUACAAAAGCGGGGGCGAUGGAGGCCGGGUUCAGUACUGGUAUGUAGGCUGGUGGCCAUCUCAGAACUCAGUUGUUGUUGGACGUCAAGGAACGGACCUUACCAAGAUAGAAGCAAUUAUUACAGAUGUCACACUCCUCCCUGUUGAGCUCUCAAGCACCCAAUUCCCUGGCCGCCCGAUUUUAGCCAAAGCUCAUGUUGGCUUCUUAGCGUCACACACGCGUUCGGCUGUUGAUAUCCUGAGCGCUGUCAAGGGUGUGUUGGCUCAGAGGAACGCCACAAAGAUACUGGUAAUUGGACACUCACUGGGCGCUGCGCUGGCAACCCUAGAUGGUCUAUACUUGCAAACCCAGCUCGGAAGCGCAGUAAAUGUUACCGUAAAAGGAUUUGGAGGACCUAGGGUGGGAAACGAUGUAUUUGCCGAUUUCGUCAACGAAAAGAUUUCAAGCAUCACCCGUAUUACUAAUAAGAAGGAUAUUGUUCCAGUGUUGCCCCCAGUGUCACUUGGCUUCAGGCACACAACUGGCGAAGAACAUAUUAACGCCGAUGGGGUAUGGAACAGCUGUGCGGGACAAGAUAACCUGAGUCCAGAUUGCUCGACGGGACAAGUCCUGACUGGAGGAGUGGUACUAAAUGACCAUCUUGGACCAUAUGCCGGUGGCGUAAUGAUAGGACAGGAUAUUGGUACAUGCUAG